AUGGCAUCUGAGCUCGACAGGUGUGAGAACAACAAUAACAACAACGCUCCAUGGGGCUGCCGCGGGUACGGCGCCGCAACUGAUAUCUACAACUGCAUCGUCAGCUAUACAGGAGAGGCCGAUAGAGACACCUUGAAUGAGACACUUGUUGGUACUUCCGCUGCCUGGUCACUUGGCCUUGAGUUUGAGUCCAGUGUCAGGGAUGUCAUUGACGUAGCCUGCCUCAAUGCAACCGACUGGGGUCACUGGGCCAUCAACUCGUUGUUUGAUGCUGUAGUCAACGAGCAGAUCAACCGAUGUGCGUGCGAUUUGGUCGGGGGCUUGUUAUCCUUCAUUGGCAUAAUGUUCAUGACGCGGACAACGUUGGAAGUGAAUGGGCAGGACUAUCGGACGUCAGUCUGCCCUUAUAUUCUAUGGAUUGGGAAGUUGAGCUCAUAUCGCGAUUCAAAUAUAUAUCAGUUGCCAAAUCGCUUGGGGGGAAGUAGUGGAAAUGCCAACCGCGCAUUUCACAAGCCGUCAUCGCCAGCUGCUGCUGGAGGCGUCAUGUCGCCCGAGCAGAUAGUAAUUACCGAGGCCAAGUCACUGUUCCUUCAGCUCAGCAGCGGAGGCCAGCUCUUCAAGGACUGCGUCAGCCAGGCACGGAGCGUCUCCCAUCUUGUCCAGUACGUCGAAGGGGAGAAUCGCAAAUAUAAAAGAAAGUCAUCAACCAGAUUACUGGAGACGUUUCAGAAAAAUACAGAAGGAUUGCAGUCGCUUUCAUCAGUGAUUGAGCUUGCGGUGCAGGCGAAGGCGGAUUGCCUGUGUCCGCUAUGGGCUCCGGUCAAAUUCAUUCUUCAGGUAUCCAAGUCUCAUUCACUGGUUGUGCGCAGCAUUACAGCCAUGGUGCAAGUUCUGACGGAGAACCUCUCGCGGAUUGAGCUCUAUCAAAAUCUUCGAAACGAUCCGGAUAUGCAGAGAGAGCUGCUACGCAUCUUCAAUGACGUGACGAGUCUCUGCGUCAAAGCCCUCGCCUUCUUUCAACGCCGCACUCUCGUUCGAAUCUGGAAGCUGAUUGUCAACCCUCCUGGAAAAGACUUUCAAAACUUCAUUGAUCAACUCAAGUCUGAUAUGCAAGGUGUACACAAUGCAGCCGUUGCUAUCGAGCUGGCCAAACAACACGAGUAUCGCCGGGAACAAGAUCGUCUGACCAUCAUCAACAGCCUGGGGGCGACAAACGUAAGAGAAGUGCAUCAGCGAAAGGUCAAAGCCAAGGCACCCAACACGUGUGAAUGGUUUCUUUCGAACCCAACCUUUGUCGCCUGGGAGUCGUCGUCAAGUCAAGAAGCCUCGGAACGCUUCUUAUUCAUCUCAGGGAAAAGCGGCUGCGGUAAGAGCAUUCUCGCGGCGUCCAUUAUAGAAACUUUCAAGCAGCAAAAGAAGGAAACAAUGUACUUCUAUUUCUCUGGCCUUGAGACUAGCCGGCAAGACGCAGACAGCCUGGUUCGAUGGUUCUUGCUCGAUGUUCUACCGUCAACGACGGACGAAACAGUGCAGAUGAUUAAGUUACUCUUCGCAAAGGGUAAUCCAACGUCGUCGGAGCUCCGGAGAGCAUUGUCCAUAAUCAUGGCGACAUUGCCCACGCCUCUAUACCUCGUCAUUGACGGUAUCGAUGAAGUUCAGGGGCAGGUUGGCGAUUUAUUCGUCCAAUUGCGCGGCAUCAUCGACAAAUCUCCUCUCACCAAGGUUAUUCUUAUUGGCAGGCCGCAUGCGUUUGAAAGGCAGGCUUCAGCUUACUGGAUCCGCAUAUCCAAUGAACUCCUACAGGCAGACAUCAGGACCUUUAUCGCAACCGAAACACAGAGAAGUGCACUCCUGCAGCAGCCGAAUAUCCACGAGAGGGUCAUCAAGGAACUCUUGGAGAAAGCCGAUGGCAUGUUUCUCUGGGCGAGGCUGUCGAUCAACGAGUUAUGUGGUGCUUAUUCUCAAGACGACGUCAAACAGAUAUUGAAGCGUCUGCCCUUGGGGAUGGAGAACGCUUUCAAUCGCAUCCUGCAGGAGAUUGUCACCUCCAGUGGGGAGACCGAGAUACAGCGCGCAAAGUAUAUUCUGACCAUUCUCGUCGUGUCUGCCAGAGCAUUGGAGUUGAGAGAGCUUCAACACGCCUGUGCCGUGGCAACUCAAAUGAACCAGGAUGAAUUUGAGAGGGAACCCCUUGAUGCAUACAAGGGCCCUGAUCCAGCAACAAUGUUCUUACGAUCUUGCCGAGGGUUGAUCAGCAUCGAGAACGGCAUAGUGGGCCUGGUUCAUUUGACAGCCAGAGAAUAUCUUGUCAGGCCCGCAGUUCAAUGGGACUCACGGAUCUCGAUUCUACGGGUUGAUGCAGCGGCAGCUCACGGGUUUCUCGCCAAUGUCUGCCUUGAGACCAUCACAGGCUCGGGAUUUGAGUGGUUCCGUCAACGUGAAGGCUUGUUCAUUCCACAAAGCCUCGAGUAUCCUCCUCUCUUCUCCUAUGCCAUCAAGUUCAUGGCAUAUCAUUUCAACAGAUGGGAAGAUACUGACCCAGUAACGGCAGCUCGAAUAGAGAGCUUUUUCGUCACUCACGGAAUCUCCUGGGUUGAACUGCUUGUCGUGUCGUGCUUCGCAGCCGGGCAGAACACGGUGACAACGAGGGAGUUUCUGGACAUUGCUGCAUGGCUGACGGAUGACCCAAUCGACGGAAGGAAGAAGAUGAGUAUGCUCAUAGAACAAGUGAAACAGAAGUGUGAGGAAUAUGACGGGAAUCACUGGCAGUCCCAACGACUGCAUCUGUUAGGCAACGUCUUCAGAUUCGUCGCGGAAGUCGAUUUGACCGCAUCUCGAAGGAAUAUGUCACCUUCUCAGGGCAAUACGACAUUUGCAAGGAGGAGCCCGAUAACAAUGGUGCAAGAAGAUCUCUCCCAAGUCGUUCACUUGCUGGCGGAGCACGCUUCGCUGUCUCUGCCUAAACAGGGUGAUCUGGUGACGAAGCUCGGGAAAUUGUUUCGCAAGGGACAGGCGAAGAACUUGUUGAGUCCGUUCGACCUCCUGUUUCGCUUAUUCAAGAGCAAAAUCAACAACUUCCCGACCAUUCUGCUGUUUGGAUUCGGCGAGCUAUCUCGAAGUCUCCAAAGACCGCAUAAUGCCCUCGAAAUAUUCAAUACUGUGCUAUCAAGACUCGGCGACGACGAGGAAGAGCUGAAGUAUAAAGUCUGGGAACUUAUCGGGCGCGCAUAUAGCAGCCUCAAGGAUUAUGAGAGAGCUUAUCAUGCGCAUCAUACUGCCUGGACUGGGCGACGCAACAUGUUCGGCCCCAAGCACAAGGACAUAGCGAGCAGUGCACAUUUAAUGGGAAUCUCGCUAUACAGGCAAAAAAAUUACGCCGAGGCUGAGGCACAUAUGCGACAAUCCCUGUCCAUGGAAAUGGAACUAUUUGGGCUCAAACACAAAGAGACAGCGCUCAGCAUGUAUUGGUUGGGCCUCGCCAUACUUCGGCAGACCAGAUACCCAGAGGCAGAAGUUUGUUUCCAACAGUCCUCGUCCAUGAUGGUGGCGGCAUAUGGAAAGCAACACAGAUUUACAGCGGCGAGCAUAGAGAAUGUCGGGCACUCUCUCUUUUGUCAGGCAAGGUGUCUCAGUGCCCUUGGUCAAACGCUAUAUGAGCAAAAGAAGUUUAUGCAGGCAGAGGAACAGUUUCGCCGCAGCAGAAAAUUGAUGGCCCAGGAUGGUCUUGAUCUGGGCGAUCGAAAGGCUCAACUGACCUCGUUGUUGUUGGCCCAGACACUGUGCCAUCAGGGAAAGUUUGCCAAUGCAGAGAGUGUUCUUCGGUCCUCGUUUGCGAUUUCCCCCAGAAACAUGAAGGCAGAUGGCCUGGAAUUUGCCGCUUUAUUGUGGCUCGCACGAGUACUGCACUACCAGCAGAAGAAUUGCGAAGCUGACAGCAUUCUCAACGCUUUACUCCCUCCGAGAGGACAGAAGGGCAACUUCUAUCAUGAAUACGCAUUGACUAUUGUAUUUUUCUUAGGACGAAUCUUCAAUGCCCAGGAGAGAUAUGCCGAAGCGGAGAGUAUCCUGCGGCAGGUGGUUGUCGAAGAAUACAGAAGCAUGAACGGUUCAGCAACAACCUGUAGUACUGCCGUGUCCGAAACUUUCCAGGAGCGUGUAUCAUAUGAGCAUGACAUCGAUGCCGAGCUCGCAGAGGAGAUGGAUCACGGAAGUGAAGCAGCUGAGGAGGAGCAAGAGAAAUUUGGAGGAACACAAAACGAUGAGGGAGGGUCGGACAUAGCCACGGAAAGCGAGGCCGAGGCCGACCACGGGAAAGACUCUGGAUUCUCCGAAAUCUGGGACCACUGCAACAUUCACCAUAUUUUCAAAGAGUAUGACACGACAGGCCGGCAUUUGGAGCGGCAAGGAAAGGUAGCUGAAGCCGAAGAAGUAUAUCAGCUUCUGAAGUGCACGACAGGUCAAGAGCGACAGGGAAAGGAAGCCAUACCCGAAGAGCCACAUUGGCUUCUGAAGCUAGCAGGGGAUGCCGCCCCUUCGCUUAUGACAAAGUUGACCACAUUCAGCCUCAAUAACAAGAAAACCAAGCUUUCCACAAAGCGUGACGUCGAAACCUGUAUUCUUAGUGCCUCCUUCAUCCCUGCAGAAGGAUUGCUUGUGGCGCCGCUAGGCAUCUAUCUUCUGGCCAUACAGUCCCGCGGCUUCAUGCCUGGCGCUUCGUGCUACUGA